ACGGCAAUAAAGUGACCUUUUAUUUAUCGGGCGAUAAGUCAACUGUAGGAUUUAUCAAAUACUACCCGAUCAAUAUAUCAAGAUUUCUUAUAACCUGUACUGUAUUUGGAAGAACUGAAAACUAGUUCUGGAACACGACCGGUCCCCAUUUAAACGGCUCUGCGCCGUGGCUCAGACACAUUUAUCGGGUUUGCGGAAUUCUGGUCUCCGUUGAGUCCUGAUCCACUUGGGCGUGACGCACGUUUACACCCCCCCCCCCCUCCCCCAUACCACCACCGCCCCGCCCCUCUCUUAAGUCCCUAACGAGAUUGGUCGUUCCCGGAUAUCCCAUUAGACGCCGAUUAAGCGAGCUCAGCUCGUUAGCGGUAACCAACCAAACACACACUGGCCGCCGGUGGGGGGAUUUGAGACCCUGCGGAAGAACCAAAUAUUUUCGACAGGGUUCGUCAGGCUGCACGAGAUGACAAAUGGAAACGUUGACUCGUUCCGAUGUGAAUGGGUGAUGGUCCCCGGGGAGCGGGGUACCAAAGUCAGCGGGGCUGAACUCCGGCUCUCCCUAAUGGGGACCAAGUCCCUUGGUCUCCUUCUUCGGUUUUCCACGGAGCAGACCUGAUUGGUCUUCCACUUUCCUGGCCGCUCAUCCUCUCACAUUUCACGGCCACCUGUCCCCUUUCACCUCCUCCCACGCCGUCAUCGGUCGACCUCAUAACCUGAUUCCAACCCCCCCCCCCCUCAUCCCCGACCUGCCAAUCGGUUUACCCUCCUCGCCGCACUCCCUCUCGCCUCGCUCCUUCUCUCUAUUUCCAUCUUUGAGCUUUAUCCCUUCAUCUCUGAUCUCCUUCAUCCCCUGCAAUCCUCACCGGCGCGAGGAGAGGCAGGGAGGAGCUGCGCACCAGCGAGCAGUCGGCGGGGGAGCGCGUCCGAGAGCAGCCGAGCAGAACUCGCAUCCCGGGAUCGGGAAGUGGCCGCGGAAGGAACAGACGUGAGAAGCAAAGUUCCACUUGUUACCCCCCCCCCGCCCCCCCAACUAACGUCCCUUAGCGACUGUCGCCAUGGCUGCUGAGAAAGCAGAGAUCGAUGCAUUGAAAAAAGAGUGCGACGGGCUGCGUGCCAAGAUCGAGGCGGCGCGCAAGGCCGUCAACGACACCACCAUGGCGUCGGCGGCGGGCAGCGUGGCCUCGGUGGGUCGCGUUCAGCUCAAGCAGAGGAAGACGCUCAAAGGUCACCUGGCCAAAAUCUACGCCAUGCACUGGUCAGCCGACUCCAGGCAAAUGGUGAGCGCGUCUCAGGAUGGCAAACUCCUGGUGUGGGACACCUUCACGGGGAACAAGCUGGUGGCCGUGCCGCUGAAGUCGGCCUGGGUGAUGAGCGUAGCCUUCGCGCCCUCCGGCAACCUGGUGGCCAGCGGCGGUCUGGACAACAUGUGCACCGUCUACAACAUCAAAGCCGCCAGUCCCAAGACCUUGAGGGAACUGGACGCCCACACAGGUUACCUGUCCUGCUGCCGCUUCCUCAGCGACACGGAGAUCCUCACAGCCUCCGGGGACACCACCUGCUGCCUGUGGGACCUGGAGACGGGCAAGCAGAAGAUCGUGUUCACCAACCACAUCGGCGACUGCAUGUCUUUGGCGCUGUCCCCCGACAUGAACAUGUUCAUCUCGGGGGCCUGCGACUCCCUGGCCAAGCUGUGGGACGUCCGGGAAGGCGCCUGCAAGCAGACCUUCAUCGGACACACCAGCGACAUCAACGCCAUCGCUUUCUUCCAGAGCGGCAACGCCAUCAUCACGGGCUCGGACGACUGCAGCUGCAAGAUGUACGACCUGCGCGCCGACCAGGAAGUGAUCUGCUACCAGGACGGCAGCCUGAACGCCGGCGUCACGUCCCUGGCGCUGUCCAACUCGGGCCGCCUCAUCUUCGCCGGCUACGACGACUUCAACUGCCACAUUUGGGAUUCCCUCAAGGGGGAGAAAGUCGGUGUUCUGUCCGGCCACGACAACCGCGUGAGCUGCACCGGCGUUCCCGAGGACGGCAUGGGCGUCUGCACGGGAUCGUGGGACAGCUUCCUCAAACUGUGGAACUGAAGAGCGCCCCCCGGGGGCCGGAAACCCCGUCGGGAGAGGGAAAACAGAAAGGCUAGAUGUUGUUUUCGGGAGGUUUCGCCACGUCCGUCUCUUACUCUUUCCCUCCCUCUAUCCCUUUCUUUCUGUCUUUCUCCCUUGUCCUUAUCCAUCUAUGCAAAAAAUAAUCAUAAUAAUUUGUGGGGACGGCAAGAAGAGGGUCACCAAGUGUCCCCCCAUUCUACCAGCAACGAAGAUUGUCUUCAAACCUAGCGCGCUAUCCUCCACCCGUACGAGCGCAGAAAAUGCACGCCCUUCAACACGCUAACAUGAUUUGACGAGUUUCAAACGCCGAUAAUGAAGUCAAGAAAUGGCCGAACAGAGUGUAGGAAUGCAGACGUGUUUUUACCACGACAGGUUUUGUCAAAACAAGACUUGCACUUGUCUGUACAUAGCGUGUACUAGAUGCAUUUAUUUCUAUAUAAUAGUAUCAAACGUUAGCUGUCUUUUACGCGUGUGCAGUUCCUCUGUAAAAAAAAAAAAAAAGAAAAGCUUUAUAAUAAAUGUAGAGUUCUGCAUUAAUGGCAGUAAUGUGUGUGAGAGAAUAAUGUUCAAUUUUGUUCACGUCUUUUCUCGUAAACAUAAACUGCAGAACUUCUCCAGGCCUCUUGGUGGCACUGUGGCGCUAGUAAGUAGGCCCAGAGGGGCAAAACAGGGUCAACUUCAUUUCUGUAAUAUUGUACUUUCACAACAACCAGAGAUGUACAUAAAACAUAAAAUAUCAAUAAUUGUAAUGAUAAUUCAAUCAUGAAUGACUUUUUAAAAAAACUCAUUAAAAUAUAUCAUAACAGCCU